AUGUCCCUAUCAUAUGACUUCAGUGGUAAAGUCGCCCUGGUGACUGGGUCGAGUUCAGGUAUAGGUGCGGCCACUGCCAUACUGUUUGCCAAAUCGGGUGCCAAUGUUGUGGUGACGGGACGUAAUGCCACAAAAGUGUCAGAAGUGGCCAAACAGUGUCUCAAUGAUUAUGCCACAAAAGUGUCAGAAGUGGCCAAACAGUGUCUCAACGUGUCUCCAAAAGGAUUGAAAGCACUGGAAGUGGUGGCAGACGUUACCAGAGAUGAAGACCUCGUAAGACUUGUGGACACAACUGUCAAAGAGUUUGGAAAAAUAGAUAUUCUCGUGAAUAACGCGGGUUCGGCACUAAAGGCCUCAAUAAGUGAUUCAAAUUUUAUGGAGAAUUAUAGACACGUCUUAAAGACAGACUUGGAUUCUGUGGUAUUUCUGACACAUAUUUGUGUCAAACAUUUGGAAAAAUCUAAAGGAAAUAUCAUUAAUAUGUCGAGCAUUAGAAGUACUCAAACUAGCCCACAAUACUCGCCAUAUUGUAUGUCAAAGUCAGCGCUGGAUAUGUUCACCAAAUGUAUUGCCGUAGAGUUGGGACACAAAGGCAUUCGUGUUAAUUGUAUUAAUCCCGGUGCUGUGAAAACAAAUUUCUCGAUCAAUGUGGGUGUGUCUGAAAGUGAUUCCGAGGAGUUUUACGAGGCUUACGGCAAACUGUAUCCCGUGGGCCGGUAUGGUGUUGGGGAUGACAUCGCAAACGCUGUGCUAUAUUUGGCAUCAAAUGAGAGUUCAUUCAUAACGGGAAGUGUUUUGGUGGCCGAUGGCGGACAUCUCGCCGCUAAUGUCAGUUAUGCCCGAUAUACCAGUCAAUGAUACUUGAAAACUAAUUAUCAAGUACAAUUUCAUUAUAUGAUAAAUAUCAUUUUAACUCUCAAUAUUUUAU